CUACACAUUACGAGGUUUCGCAAGCCUUCGGCAAGCAAGAAGUCGUCAAACUUGUCUGGUGCAAGACUGCGUCUCGAUUGAAAGAAGUGGUUCGAGAAACAAAGAGGAGAAGAUUUCGAUGGACCCGGAACGAUUGGUCAAUCGGCUGGCAGGUCCGCACAAUAUCCUUGUCGACCAACUCGUUUCGUUGUGAAAAUCUAGACCUCACGAUGCAUACCGUCUGCAGCUUCUCCAGUCCGACCAUCACGCAUGGCUAGCCACGGUGCGGGUUCUCUAGUUCCAAGCGCCUUUGCACUCGAAGAGCCGUAGUCGAAGGAGUCAGCGGCGUGAGGUCAUGGGCGACAUAAAAGCCACGAACUCAUGGGAGUCUCACCAGGCUACCUCUACACCCUCAGGCCAAAUCGUCCUGUCUGAUCUCGAAGGCAGUAUGCCGGCUUUUCACCAGUUGACCUCCGAGAUUACGGAUAACCCUUUCUUAUUACUGGCCAUUGUACCGGCGGCACUUGUCCUGGUCCAGCUCGUUGCCCACUUCAAGGAUGCUUCCGGAUUGCGCUCGUACCCAGGGCCGUUCCUCGCCAAGUUCACGGAUGGUUGGAUGUUCUGGGUGGUUUCUCACAACCGCUGGUCAAGCGCAGUCGAGAGUCUGCACCGCAAAUAUGGCACCUUUGUCCGUCUCGCCCCGAAUCACGUCUCUAUUUCCGACCCAAGGGCCCUUAGUGCGAUCUACGGCCACUCGGCUGGCUUCGUGAAGGCGGGGUUCUACGACGUCUUCUCCAAUUUCCGUGUUGGCAAUAUCUUCAGCACUCGGUCGCGCACUGAGCACGCUCGGAAGCGUCGCAUAGAAGCGCACAUGUUUGCACCCCAGAGCAUCCGCGCGAUCGAGCCCAUCUCCCACGCGCACGUCUCUGAGCUCCUCCGUCAGUGGGACUACCUGGCAUCUCGCAUGCAGGAGGCUCAGCAUGGAGCCGGUCCUCUCAAAGGCCAGCUGGGAUCCACUACCUGGAACGUGGAGAAUGGCCGCGUGUGGAUCGACUGCAUGCCUUGGCUCAACUUCUGGGCCUUCGACACCAUUGGUGACCUCGCGUUCGGUCUUCCCUUCGGCAUGCUCAAAGCCAGCAAAGACGUAGCCAGAGUUGCGAAAAAUCCUGAAGAAGGUUUCAAGGCGAUCGAGAAGUUAUCCGAGGGAGCGGAGAAGCUUUCAAUCGAGGAAGAAGACAUACCUUACAUCAAGGUCCUCAAUACGCGCUCCGAGGCAAAUGCUCCUCUGGGGUGCCUUUCGCGUACUUGGCAGAUGAUCCUGCAGCGACUCCCGGGGUACAGCGGCAAUCGAACUGCAGGUCAAAAGCUGGCGGCUCUGUCUAUUAUGGCUGUCGCACGCCGCUUGGCCAACCCGAGUGGCAGGCCGGACAUGCUCCAGAAGCUGUUGGACGCACGGAACGACGACGGGAAGCCGUUGAGCCCGGUGGAGUUGAGCGCAGAGGCCUUCGUGCUCAUCGUUGCCGGUUCGGAUACCAUUGCUAACACCACUUGUGGGACAAUGUAUUACCUUGCUCGCGACCAGCGAGUACAGGCAAAGCUUCAGGUAGAGCUGGAUGCGGCGCUCGCAUCUCUCGAUUCCGAAGUCGCUCCAUACGACGCCGUCAAGGAUUUACCUUACCUUGAUGCGGUGAUUUUCGAAGGACAGCGCCUACAUUCGACCGUAGGUGCCGGAUUGCCUCGUGAGGUUCCUGCCGGUGGCGCCACUGUCCUUGGGCACCAUUUCAAAGAGGGCACAUGGGUGAGCGUCCCGCUCUACCAUCUUCACAGGGACGAGUCUAUCUGGGGCGCGGAUGCGUCUGUAUUCCGCCCCGAGCGCUGGACCGAGGCUAGUCCUGGACAGAGGAAACAGAUGAUGGACGCGUUCGCUCCUUUCUCUAUUGGUCCCAGGGCGUGCAUCGGCCGGAGUCUUGCCAUUAUGCAGCUUCAUAUCAUCUUGGCCACGCUCGUCCGCCGGUACGAGUUCGUCCUCAAGUCUGCCGCUCCGGUAAGUAUCCUCCAGGUCCGGGACUCCCUUGCUCGGAGACCGCUGGAAUGCAUAGUCGGCAUGAAACGCAGGAGCAUUUGA